AUGCUCAACUGUUUGCUCUUGCUGACUCUUCUGGCCGCAACCACACAUGCCCAGCUGCAAGGGCCGCAGGCCAUACCGAGCUCUGUCCCAACAACGGUGACUUAUCCUGAUGGUAUAUUUGCAGGUCUCCCUGCAUUAGAUAGGCCUCCUGCUGUCGACCCUAGCAUACUAGCAUUGUACAAUCUAGCAUCGAUUCCUGAUGCUAUAAGGAAUAUACCCGUAAAGGUCUUUAAUAGUACAACUGGAACUGGAAAUUGCCCAACAAGUCUGGCAACUUGCGACUGGGGCUGUUACAAGUGCAGACGAGACUCCGAUGUCGUGAUGUGUCCCAACAAGAAUGCUUGGGGACUGACUUACGAUGAUGGACCAUCGCCAUAUACACCUGCUCUGUUAGAUUAUUUAGACAACACUGGUGUUCGGGCAACAUUCUGUGUCAUUGGCUCCCGUGUUACUCAACGACCUGCUGUCUUAUUACGUGAAUUCGCUGCAGGACAUCAAAUCUGUGCACAUACUUGGUCUCAUAGUCUAAUGACCACUCAAACGAACGAAGUACUCAUAAUGGAAUUCGAAUAUACUCUGAGGGCCAUAGAACUAGUAAUAGGUACCAGGCCAAAGUACUGGCGUCCACCAUUUGGUGACGUGGAUGACCGAGUGAGAGCUGUUAUGAACUUGAUGGGCAUGCAACCGUUACUGUGGGAUAAUGAUCCAUACGACUGGCAAUCGACCAGUGCAGCAUAUCAACCAAGCUGGAUACCAAACAACUUUACUCGAUGGGUUACAAACUCGGUGCUUGCCGAUCACGGGCAUAUCAGUUUAGAACAUGAUUUAUAUUCUGUGUCGGCUGCACAGGCUCCAGGUGCUGUGCAGAUUCUGUUGAACGGCGGGUUCCGUCCUCAAUCUGCUGCUGAAUGCAUUGGAGAUUGGCAUCCUUACAAAGAUGCUACCAUAACGAUUCCAAAGUCUCAAGGAUCGUGGGUGAAGUCUUACUCACAGUCACAAUCCAAGUCGAGUAGCUUUAGUGUAAUCUUAAGCGGCAAUGUAAUGAUGAUGGUGAUGUCUGCUAGUCUCGUAAUUAUUAUAUCUCUCAUCCUCUUGUAG